CAGAGGGCAACUGAAAUGUGGAAAAUGUACCGGAAUUGUCUUUGUUAGUGUUGUGUUUUUUUCAUAUUUACGCCUUUUAGACAAGGCUUAAUUCCAGCGUAAACUUGUCUUGCUGAUAACUUCGUUGCAAACUCCCAUUCAGAAAACUCAGGUGAUACAAUGAAUACUGACAGACAUACAGAAGAUAAAACAGAAGAAUCUGCAAACUGUGUGAGUAAUAAUGCACCUUGUAAUCCAGAGAGAAGUACAAGAGAGCAGGUUUUAAAGGACGUAGGAAUCACUAGUGUUGCUUUUAUUGGUCCAGCAUUGCCUCCAGUAACACCUGCAGCCAAGUCUGACAUUGAAGACACACUGAGUGAGUUUUACAAAGAGCUAGAGAAGAUCGAUACACCUGAUGCUGCCCUUGAGGAACCGCAGAAGGAGGUUCAUUCACACAUGCCUCCAGAAACAGCUUCUGGUAAAGAGUUAAAGGACUCAGGCCUGGAGAAAAGCACUGAAAUGAGCAGAUUGGUGGAUACUGAUGAAUACCAGGACAGCAUCAGACAGAAACAUCCAUCAUGGCCACACUGGUAUAAAAAUGAACCGUACUAUCCAAGAAGACCAAGGCCAGGGGCAGAACUGAGCGACUGGCAAUACUCUCAAAGACCAACCAGACCCCCAGACCCAAGACAUAUCAGGCCACCACUAUUUCAUGAGUCUAAUCCCCCACCUGCAUUCCCAUAUCCACAAAACCUCCCACCUCACUUCAGUCAGAACUGGAGCACCUCAGCCCAGACAAACCACUAUAAUGAAGACUUGAAUUCAGAAAACUUGUCUACACUCCCACCUCAGAAUGUACGCAGCAGUAUGCACCUUCCUCAGGACUUUUAUGGAGAAUAUUCUCACCACUCUGACAAGGAUGACAGGGGCUAUGAUGCUCUGUCAGAUAAUGUGAAUGUCGGUUGGGGUAGAGAUGAAAGAAAUGAAUGGUCUCAUCUUGAUCAAGAUUAUGACUGGCGCCAGGAAUGUGUUUCAGAAAACGAGCUGUGGGAACGACAGCAUCACAGCCGACCUCCAGAUAGAGCGACGCAGUCUUCAUGUGUGCUGAUCUUGAUGAGAGGAUUACCAGGGUCCGGGAAAUCAACACUGGCGAGGGAACUGCUGUCCUCUGGUCCCAGUGGGUUAAUACUGAGCACAGAUGACUAUUUUGCUCACAAUGAUGGCUACCGCUAUGAUCCGGGUCUCCUGGGAGCAGCUCAUGAAUGGAACCAGAGGAGAGCCAUAGAUGCUAUGUAUGAUGGCUGUUCUCCUAUUAUUAUUGACAACACCAACAUCCAAGCCUGGGAAAUGAAGCCUUAUGUCAAAGUGGCCUUGGAAAGAGGCUAUAGAGUAGACUUUUGUGAGCCUGACACCAGCUGGAAGUUUGAUCCACUUGAGUUGGAGAGGAGGAACAAGCACGGUGUUCCCCAGGAGAAAAUCGCCCAGAUGCUGGAUCGCUUCUCGUUUCCCAUUUCCGUCGACAUCGUCAUGAGUUCUCAAGAGCCGCCGCAUGUGAACCAGAGACACCGAACGGAGCCGCAAACGACGAGGAAAUACCAGCAUUAACAUUAAUUCGUCCAGCCAAGUAUUUUGUAAUGUUGAUAAUAUUGCGAGUUUGAUUUUUAAUAUAUUUUGUACAUUAAAAUUGUAAAUGAUGGGUUCAUUCCUAAUUUAUGUUGGAAAUAUUUUCCAGCAAAGGUGUUAAUAUGCUUGAAAUUUUUGUAUUUAUUGAUACAUUUCAGAGUUUUUUCAGGCCUUUCGCCAUUGUGUUCUAUAAAAUACACUUUAAAACUACA